AUCAAUACACUAUAUUGCCAAAAGUAUUGGGACACUCCUCCAAAUCAAUGGAUUCAGGUGUUCCAAUCACCUCCAUGGCCUCAUGUGUAGAAAAUCAAGCACCUAGGCAUGCAGACUGCUUCUACAAACAUUUGUGAAAGAAUGGGUUGCUCUCAGGAGCUCAGUGAGUUCAAGCGUGGUACCGUGAUAGCGUGGUACCGUGAUGGGUUGCCACCUGUGCAAUAAGUAAUCCGUGGAAUUUCCUUGCUACUAAAUAUUCCACGGUCAACUGUUAGUGGUAUUAUAACAAAGUGGAAGCAACUGGGAACAACAGCAACUCAGCCAUGAAGUAGUAGGCCACGUAAAAUGACAGAGCAGGGCCAGUGCAUAGUGCGCAGAAGUCGCAAACUGUCUGCAGAGUCAAUAGCUAAAGACCUCCAAACUUCAUGUGGCCUUCAGAUUAGCACAACAGUGCAUAGAAAGCUUCAUGGAAUAGGUGUACAUGGCCAAGCAGCUGCAUCCAAGCCUUACAUCACCAAGUGCAAUGCAAAGUGUCGGAUGCAGUGGUGUAAAACACGCCACCACUGGACUCUGGAGCAGUGGAGACGUGUUCUCUGGAGUGACUUAUCACACUUCUCUGUCUGGCAAUACGAUGGACCUGUCUAGGUUUGGUGGUUGCCAGGAGAACAGUACUUGCCUGACUGCAUUGUGCCAAGUGUAAAGU